AUGAGUUUUUCAAAACGAUCAAUUGUACUUGGUGCAUUCCUGCUUAUGCACGCCAACUCGGCUUCUGCCAAGACCAUUAGAAAUGCAGAACGUAAGAUGCUGAAACUUGGCAAUCAUGCCAGAUUCUUCCAGGGUGAUCAUGGCGAUGCCGAUAAACAGGCUGUUAUUGAUGAGGAAUGGGAAGAAUUGGAUGUGCAACAAAUGCAAAUGAGUAUACCUUCACCCGGUCCAACGCCACCACCAACUCGCCCCCCAACCAAUCCUCCAACAGUUCCUGGCUUCGUCGAAACAGCAGCACCUACCCGUUUUCAACAAAAUACUCCACCACCUACUCCGCCACCUACUCCGCCACCUACUCCGCCACCCACUUUGCCACCUACUCCUCCACCUACUCCUCCACCCACUUUAGCUCCUGUCGUUGGCCCAACACCUCCUCCUACCCCAGGACCAACCCCAAGCCCCACCACCCCACCUCCUACUGGCCCGGCCUCGCUCUUCCUCGACGAAGACGAUGUUUUCGAUGAAUUUUCCCUUCUUGAGUGUCAAGGAGAUUGCGACGAAGAUACCGAUUGUGAAUUCGGCCUCAUUUGUUUCCAACGUGAUCUUGGGACCACCGACGUUCCAGGAUGUCUCGGGAAUGCCGAUCUAGUCGGUGAUGGCUUUGAUGAUUUCUGUAUCAAGCCUACGACAGAUGACACUUUGGUCAUCGCCGGGGACGAAGGCUUUCCAACAUCUGCAUUCCCUUUGCAACGUUGUCAGGGAGAUUGCGACACUGAUGCAGAUUGUGCUGCGGGACUAUCCUGCUUCAUCCGUACAGGCGACGAAGUUGUGCCAGGCUGCAUUGGAUUCGGUGGAACCGCAUGGGACUACUGCUUUGAUCCCAGUGCCACUACGAAGGAGCUCAACUUUAUUGGGCUUCCAGAUCCAGUAUGGGAUUAUUACGAACUAAACCAGUGCGAAGGAGAUUGUGAUUUCGACUCGGACUGUGCAAUUGGACUUGUUUGUUUCCAACGAGUAGCUGGAGGCAGUGGUGAUGUUCCAAGCUGUAGUGGAGAUGCCAAUGCUCUUGCAACUGGUAGCGAAGAUUAUUGUGUACUCCGCCCAUCCGACACUUUCCUCUCAAGUGUUUAUGAUCACUUUGAACAGGCAGAUCAAGGAACAUUCCCAAUCCCCCUGUGCUCUGGAGAUUGCGAUUUCGACUCCGAUUGCGAGGGAGACUUGGUGUGCUACUACAGAUCUGGAUUUGAUCAAGUUCCUGGAUGUAACGGACUAGGAGAGGAUAACUUUGAUUACUGCGUUCCUCCAACUACACCCGACAAGUCGCUCGACUUUAUCGGAGAUGAAGAAUGGUCAUACUACGAGUUAAAGGAGUGCCAAGGAGACUGCGACUUCGAUAGUGACUGUGAUCUUGGACUUGUUUGCGGACAGCGCUCCGCUGGAGGUGACGGAAGCGUCCCUGGAUGUACAGGAAAUGCCAAUGAUCUUGGAACUGGUUCCGAAGACUUCUGUAUUGUUCGACCAUCUGACACCUUUCUCGUGAGUUGGUAUGACGAUGUUGAAUUUGGCGACUUUGGUAUCUACCCUCUUCCCAAUUGUGCUGGAGAUUGUGACACAGAUGAGGACUGCGAAACCGGUCUCGUGUGCUUCGACCGACCAAGUCUUGCUACAGAAGUUCCUGGGUGCGAAGGGCCAGGAGAAGAGGCUUAUGGCUACUGCAUUGUUCCUUAG